AGAAUGGAGUUUUCACACUGUGGCGCAAUGAAAGAAAGACCCUCGCAGCUCUUUCUUUGGCUCUUUUGCUUCUCGGCUUUUCAGGGAUUAGGGAAGGCAUGUUGAGAGCGCGAAUGCGGCGGCGCGCGCCAUCGCUGCGGUUAGAGCGCUCCAGGGCGUAGACCGGGUAGGGAAACAGGGUUUCGAUGCCGGCGCCAGGCGAUCUUGGUGGUGUUUGGUCGGAUCUAGCGAUAUUUCGGGGUGGAAUCGGCUUCUUGGCUACCAGGUUCUCGGCAGUGGCCUCGCAUUGCGGUCUGUGAUGCUCCGGCGGGCCAGCAAUCCAGAUUAGGGGAAAGAGGAGAGGAAGGAAUGCGCGGCGAUGGAAGCGCCGGGAAUGCUGAGCAUUGGAAGGAUCUGGAGUGACGAGGAGCGAUAAGCGCAGCUCUCUUUAUUCCACUGUUUGGGGAAAAGCUGUGGCAUAUUCGCGUAGAUCUAUAUCGGCCGCCAGGAGCAAUUUGGCCUGCGAGCUGGGGGACAAGGAGGACAAUGACUCAACUCCAACGAACAGGAUCGAGAUAGGAACAAUGUGUCAAGUUCCAGCCGCGAAGGAGAUUUUCAGUCGCUCUUCGAUGGAUAGCUGCGGCAAACGGGGUGGCAAGGAAUUGCCCAAUGGGACCAGCUCCGCCACCACCAGCACCAGCACCAGCACGACCACGAACGCCACCGCCGCCGUGGCCAAUCAAGGAAGGCUGGCUGUCAGGUGGUGGGUGCCUCCAGCGAGCACUCGCAGCUCGGGAUCCAAGAGCAAAGGGCAGAAGAUCGGUGAGAAGUGGUAUGGAACGCUACUACUUUUGUGGCUGCUCGGGGGGAUUUGCGUCUCCAUCUGGGUGUACAGGUCCAUGAACGCUGGGAACAUCAGGCGCCACAGGGAGCUGCUUGACAACAUGUGUGACGAGCGAGCGUGGAUGCUCCAGGAUCAAUUCACGGCGAGUAUGAACCACGUCAAGGCACUGGCUGCGCUCCUCCGGACAUUUCAUCUGGGAAAGCAGCCUUCGGUGCUCGACCAGGAGACAUUUGCUGUCUACACGAAGCGGACGGAAUUCGAGAGGCCGUUGAUGACUGGGGUGGCGUAUGCCCAGCGCCUGUUUCACUCGGAGCGGGAGGCCUUUGAGAGGCGCUAUGGCUGGGAGAUCAAGACAAUGACAACAAAAAAAGUCCAGAGUCCCCAAGCAGAGUACGCGCCAGCCGUUUUUACGCAGAACAGCUUGUCCUAUCUAGAGUCCCUCGACAUGCUGUCCGGGAAGGAAGACUGUGACAACAUAUUGCGGGCUAGAUCAUCCGGGAAAGGAGUUUUGACGACUCCAAUGAGACUUCUCGAGUCUAACCACCUAGGCAUCGUGGUGACUUUCACCGUCUAUAAGGAGGAUCUGCCCGAAGACGCUUCGGAGGAAGAACGAAUUGCUGCAAGUGCCGGCUAUGUCGGUGGUGCAUUCGACUUCGAAUUGCUAGUGACAAACUUGCUAAAGCAACUUGCCGGUAGUCAAUCAAUCAUCGUGAAUGUCUAUGACGUGACGAACGAAUCUAAGCCUCUACUUAUGUAUGGCCCCGAUGCUUACUUGGAAGGGCGUGACGUCCAUGUGACGGAACUAGACUUUCGGGAUCCUGCAAGAAAGCAUGAAAUUCGCUGCAGGUUUCACAAUCCCCUUCCGAUUUCAUGGUCGGCUAUCACAACUUCAGUGGGAAUAUUGGUGAUCGUGUUUUUGGUGGGUCAUAUAUUGCACGCAGCAAUAAAUAGGAUACAGAAAGUUGAGGAAGAUUAUCGACGUAUGGAAGAUUUGAAAGUACUGGCUGAGUCUGCUGAUAUUGCAAAAUCUCAGUUUUUGGCGACUGUUUCCCAUGAAAUUCGCACCCCAAUGAAUGGAGUACUAGGAAUGCUUCAAAUGCUUAUGGAUACAGACCUCGAUCCAACACAACGCGACUAUGCAGGAACAGCUCACGAAAGCGGGAAGCAGCUCAUAAAGCUCAUCAACGAGGUUUUGGACCAAGCCAAGAUCGAAUCUGGACGAAUGGAACUCGAAAUGGUUCCUUUCGAUUUGAGGACCAUUCUUGACGACAUUCUUUGCUUGUUUUCAGCCGAAAUCAAGGAUAAGGGAAUCGAGUUGGCUGUCUUCGUUUCGGAAAAAGUACCUGACGUCCUGGUCGGAGAUCCUGCUCGCCUACAUCAAAUUAUUACCAACCUUGUUGGCAACUCCGUCAAGUUCACAGAACAGGGCCACAUCUUUGUCUGCGUUCAUAUGGAAGACGAGUUGACCACAGUCUCCAAAGAGGAAGGAUUCGACUCGUGCAAUACGCUGAGUGGCGUGAAGGCUGCAGACCUCAGGCUUAGCUGGGACAGUUUUAAGAGUUUGGUUGGCGGGCUUGAGGAUAGAAACUGUGGCGAGCUUACGGAUGUCAGGAUCGUGUUCAACGUUGAAGACACAGGGGUUGGGAUUCCGCUUCUUGCACAGGAUCGUGUUUUCACGCCGUUCAUGCAAGCUGACAGUUCUACUUCGAGGAAUUAUGGUGGCACUGGGAUAGGAUUGAGCAUAAGCAAGUGCUUGGUGGAGUUGAUGCAAGGGAGCAUGGACUUUGUCAGCCAACCUGGUAUCGGAGCUACAUUCAGAUUCUCGGUAGUGUUCAAAAGAGGGGAAAUGAAAAUGCCGGAGGCCAGAUACCCGCAUAUAAGUCCAAAGCAUUCUCAGAUGGCGCGGCUGACGCCGUGCUUGAAGAAUAUGCGGGCACUUGUUGUUGACGGGAGGCCUGUAAGGUCACAGAUAACGAGAUACCACUUGCAAAGACUGGGAAUGCAAGUUGAAGUCGUAAAUGAUAUACCGUCAGCUUUGUCUGGGGGUGCGAACUCAAGAAGCCUUGAUAUGGUGCUUGUCGACAAAGACUCCUGGGGGCCGGGUUCCGGACUCGUGGUUCCUCAAAAGUUGAAGGACGCGGGAGGAAGGUUUAAGAAUGCGAAGUUUAUCCUACUUGCGGGUUCGGCGAUUGAUAACGAGCCUCUGAAAACUGCUCCGUCCGGCUUCAUUGCUACACAUCACAAACCUGUCCGAGCAAGCUCUUUUGCAACUUUCCUGGAGAAAGUUUUCGGCUUUGGCAGUAAAAGAUUGAACGGCAGGGAGAUUUCGCAGGGGUCGAGGUUGCACAGUCUCUUAUCUGGGAAGCAGAUAUUAGUGGUUGAUGACAAUAAAGUCAACAGGCGAGUUGCUGCCGGUGCUCUCACCAAGUAUGGUGCUCGCGUUGAAUGUGUCGAGAGUGGCAAAGCAGCGAUUGCAAGACUUCAGCCCUCCCACGAGUUUGAUGCAUGCUUUAUGGACGUGCAAAUGCCCGAGAUGGACGGCUUUGAAGCAACUAGAAAGAUUCGGGAAGCUGAGGGACACGAUUGCAAGUGUCGCCUCCCUAUUCUGGCAAUGACAGCGGACCUCAUCCAGGCCACCCGGGACGAAUGCACCAAGUGUGGUAUGGAUGGUUACGUAUCGAAACCGUUUGAAGAGGAGCAGCUUUACAAGGCCGUCGCCAAGUACUUCGAGUCUUCGGCAAAACCGAAUGCUCUCAAAGGCAAAAGCGAAUGAUCUCAAAGGGCCUUGAGGUGCAGCAGGCUUUGGAGAAAAGCUAAUGAUUUUGACGCCAUACCGGGCGACAGGGUGGAGAAUCUCCUCGGGUAGUUUCCUGCUCUGGAGCAGGAUACUCGAAGCGAUGACAACAUCAAGGUGAAGUCUACGUAGGGAUUUGUAUAUUCUAUUGACGUGAUUUCCAGUGCACAACCAAAGAACUGUAGGGAAUGCACUGAGGCAGCAAUUGCGCGAGUGUAUAUACUCCAAUAACAUACCGGUUUUGGCGUCUCAAUUCUCGUCUAGUUCUACACAGGAAGUGGGCUUCAAAGCUGUCCGGGUACUCUGUACACCAAGACUCAAGUUUGACGACUCUACCUGACCCGCAAGCAACAGGGUCCCAGCAAGCACGUCCAUUCCAGAGCAGUGGGAACGAUGGUGGAGAGAAGCUCUUGUGCAUCACUCGGAUGUCCGGCACGGCAGGAGUGGUCGAGCAUGCAGCAGUAGUGGUGCUUGUUGGGCGACACUCCAAAGUCCACGCUCACUGACCCAAAAUGGUCUCUGUCGUGAAGCAACAUCCCUUCGUAACUACAGGCAACCAGAACAGAACUGAAGUUGAUAUCAUCCGGCAGGUUGGCAACUUUGAGCUCGGCAAAGAGAUCAAAAGCUUCGGUGGUGUGGCCAUUUUGGGCGUAGGCAGCGAGCAGGGAAUUCCAGGAACAGAUACGAGGCUCGGGUGCCCAGCAGAAGUUCUGUGCAGCAAGGCCGAGGUGGCCGUUCCGAGCAUCCGUCAUGGCAGUCCACAAGACAAAAGUCUCCGGCAUUGGAAGAAGCAGACGUACGCCGAGAGCAUCGCGUUCCAGCUGGUGGAGUCCCGCUGCGGCAUUCCAUCGAAGAUUUCCCGGGAGAGAAAGAGCCCAGCUUGCGUUAAAGAAUGCCAGCUCAAGAUGUGGGGAUCGUUGUGGCAUAUUCUCUAGCAUAUUUCUAGCUUCAAUGCACAAUCAUCACUCUCCACGAGCUGGAGUUGCCAUGAAAA